AUGGCUAUGAAUAUCACCAGAAACACCAGGGCUCUUGGAGCUUUGAGGCCCCUGGCAGCUCGCUCUGCUCUCAAUGCGCGCCAAUAUUCAACAUCCUCCGAACCGGACCUCAAGACUACACUACAGAGCGUCAUUCCAGCCAAGCGGGAGCUUCUGAAAAGGGUUAAGGCACACUCCUCCAAGGUCAUUGGAGAGGUCAAGGUCGAGAACACUCUUGGUGGCAUGCGUGGCCUCAAGGCUAUGGUGUGGGAGGGCUCCGUCUUGGAUGCGAACGAGGGCAUACGAUUCCACGGUAGAACCAUCAAAGACUGUCAAAAGGAGCUCCCCAAAGGAAAGACCGGAACCGAAAUGUUGCCCGAGGCAAUGUUUUGGCUUCUUCUCACAGGCCAGGUUCCUUCCACAAACCAGGUUCGCCACUUUUCCCGUGAAUUGGCCCAGCAAGCUCAGUUGCCUGCCUUUGUCAACAAGCUUCUCGACGACUUCCCAAAGGACCUGCAUCCCAUGACCCAGUUCGCCAUUGCGGUGUCUGCCCUCAACUACACCUCCAAGUUUGCCAAGGCUUACGAGCAGGGUAUUAACAAGGCUGACUACUGGGAGCCUACUUUCGACGACUCCAUCUCUCUGCUGGCCAAAUUGCCGACGAUCGCUGCCAAGAUCUACCAGAACUCUUACCGCGGCGGUGGCGCCCUCCCUGCUGAGGUUGAUCUGGAACAGGAUUGGUCUUAUAACUUUGCUGCCAUGCUUGGAAAGGGUGGCAAGGCAAAUGAGAACUUCCAAGAUCUUCUCAGACUGUACCUUGCUCUCCACGGAGAUCACGAGGGCGGCAACGUCUCUGCCCAUGCAACUCACUUAGUUGGCAGUGCCCUCAGCGACCCCUUCCUUAGCUAUAGUGCUGGUCUACAAGGUCUCGCAGGGCCUCUUCAUGGACUGGCUGCUCAAGAAGUUCUUCGGUGGAUCCUGCAGAUGAAAGACAACAUUCCAUCGUCUUACUCUGACCGGGAUGUCACAGACUAUCUGUGGUCCACCCUCAACUCCGGCAGAGUUGUCCCUGGCUACGGCCAUGCUGUCCUCCGGAAACCUGAUCCUCGUUUCGAGGCUCUCAUGGAUUAUGCUGCUGCGCGACCCGAGAUUGCACAAGAUCCAGUUUUCCAGCUUGUGGAAAAAAACAGUCGGAUCGCACCCGAGGUGCUUAAGAAGCACGGCAAGACCAAGAACCCUUACCCCAAUGUUGACUCCAGCUCUGGAGUUCUCUUCCACCACUACGGCUUCCAUGAGACCUUGUACUAUACUGCCACCUUCGGUGUCUCCCGUGGUUUGGGGCCCCUUGCUCAGUUAAUCUGGGACCGAGCAUUGGGUCUGCCUAUUGAGCGACCUAAGAGCAUCAACCUUGAAGGUCUUCUUAAGCAGGUUGAGAGCUCGUGA